AUGCGCCCACACUCCCGCUGCACCGUGUUCCCCUCCCGUCCGCGUCUCCCCUUCCUAUCCCUCGCGCCGUGCCUGCUGCUACUGCUGCUCCCCCCCCGCAUCCCCUCCGCCUCCGCCUUCGCGCCCGACGCCAUCCGCGGCCUGCCGGGGCAGCCGCGCGGAGCGCCGGCGUUCGGGCAGUGGGCGGGGUACAUACCGGUGGGGCCGGCGGGGCGGAAGCGGCUCUUCUAUUGGCUCACGGAGUCCGUGACGGCGCCUCUCACCAAGCCGCUCGUGCUGUGGCUCAACGGAGCCACUCCGUUCUGCUGCCUCCUCGUGCUACGUGCUCACACCUCCCCACUUACCUUCCCCGCCCGUUCCCCUGUGCGCGCAGUGGCGAACGUGCUGUUCCUGGACUCGCCUGCGGGCGCGGGCUUCUCGUACUCGCUGGCGGCCUCCGACCUCGCCACGGGCGACAACCAGACAGCCCAGGACACGGUGCAGUUUCUGCGCGCCUUCCUCCGCCGCCACCCGCGCUACAACGGGCGCAAGCUGCUGCUGGCGGGGGAGAGUUACGCAGGCCACUACAUUCCGCAGCUGGCGGACGCGUUGGUGGCGAUGGAGGCGCGCGCGGCGGGGAGGGCGCGCAUGAGGGUGGGGGGCGUGCUGCUGGGCAACCCCUUCGUGCACGCGCGCGUAUAUCAUCCCCUGCCGCCCAGGUAUAUCAUCCCCUGCCGCCCAGGUAUAUCAUCCCCUGCCGCCCAGGUAUAUCAUCCCCUGCCGCCCAGGUAUACCAUCCCCUGCCGCCCAGGUAUACCAUCCCCUGCCGCCCAGGUAUACCAUCCCCUGCCGCCCAGGUAUACCAUCCCCUGCCGCCCAGGUAUAUCAUCCCCUGCCGCCCAGUGCGGGUUCUCAGCGGACACGGUGCGGCCUGGCAUCGCAUGUGACGCUGUCAUGAACGCCAUUGCCACCGCUGAUAGCGGCAUCGACCCCUAUGACAUCUACGCGCCAGUGUGCCUCUCCCCCGCCUACCGCUCCCUUCACCGCAACACGCAACGCUCUCUCCUCUCUCGCCUCUUCUCCUUCUCCUCUCCCCGCCCCUCCGCACCGCACUCCACCUCUCCUUCCGCCACCCCCUCCUCACCCUCGUCCUUACACCCUGCCUCACAAGCAAGAGGGGCGGGAGGGGGGCUGGUGGGGGCAAUACAGGGUCAGAGCGCAAGUGUGUGGGGAGGAGAGGGGGAGAGCGGAGAGGGGGGAACAGGCGCAGUGAGGGGAGCAGAGGGAGCAGCAGGUGCAAUGAGUGGCGUGGACGGGGAGGGGGAGGUGGAGGGGGCGGAGGAUGCGGGGGCAGCGAGCAGGGCGUGCAUGGACGUGUGGGUGCAGCGCUACCUGCAGUGGGCUCCCGUGCAGCGCGCCCUCCAUGCCAUGCCCGCUGCUGCUGCCGCCCAGCCCCACCACUGGGUGCCCUGUAGCGCAUCACUGCAGUACGCCAGGGGGGACAUGGAGGACUCCAUGCUGCCCGUGCUGCACCGCCUGCUCGCAGCGCAAGUGCCCCUCUGGAUCAUGUCGGGUGACACGGACUCAGUGGUGCCGUUCACGGGCACGAGGCAGUGGGUGGCGGGGCUCAACCUGCCGCUGCUCGCCCCUCUCCACCCCUGGACGCUCCCCUCCACCCAGGUGGGCGGGUGGGUGACGCGGUACAAGGGCGUGACAUUCAUCACGGUGCGGGGGGCGGGCCACCAGAUCCCCACGGGGCGACCCGCGGCCGCCCUCACCAUCUUCCACCACUUCCUGCACGGCACCACGCUCCAUGCCCUGCCCUCCUUCUAG